AUGACACGACCGGAAAUGAAAGCUACAGUACUUGAAGCUGAGGUACAGCGUCGUCAAAAGCUCGAAGGACGAGCUGCUAAAGCUCAGGAACGACUUGAGAAAAAAGAAAUGCGGCAACAAGCAGCUAUACUGAGGCAGAAGGAUUACGCAGUACGGUGCUACGGCUUCAUGUCGAUAGCUAAGGAAGAAGGCCUCUUCGGAGGGAAGCGAACCCGCGACCUUGUUGCUGGGUGUCUACAGAUAGCCCACAGCACUGUCACGACGGUGAUUAACGCCUACAGAGCCGACAAUGACACCAAGUUCGCGGUGCGCACCAGCAUUAUUGUGGUGUCAAUUCCCUCACGCCGCCCUUCCUUGGUGACUGCUUUCCACGCCCGCAACCUCGCACGUCGUCGCCCUCGUCGACCUCGGGUCAUCAACACGGCUCCUGUCUUCAACUUGUUCUCACACCAUGUACGCCACACCUGGUGUACCCAUAUCACAAAAGAUUCACCCAAGCCUUGGUCAAAUACCGGACUCGAGUCCAGCACUCGGCCACUACCUCCUGGCCGGUCGGCGAGCCACCUGGACUCGGGACAUUACUUUAAUGUAUAG